AGUCUAGUGUAGUCUUGAGUCGCAUGCAGACUUGUGCAAUGUGCAUUGAGAGUGGAUCCGAAUGAUUGACCUCUGCUCUCUGGAUCCAGAAUAAUUAAUCGGUUUGAUUUAGGAUUCCCAUUACUCUCAAUUGAUAUGUAGAAUGUAGAUAUAACCCUCGGGUAUAUCCAUUUUCAGAUCGAUUUUCACUGGAGAAUGUUGCGGCUAUUAUUCACCACUUGAGAGAAAAGUGGAUGUAUCAUGCCGUGUGUAAUAAUGCAUCGAGCGAAACUUCAAUUGAAGACAUCAAAAGACUGCUGGAGAGUUCAUCACACGGCGAUGGUGCGAUGAACAUCAUACUCUCUGACGACGAGGCCGGGAUGGGUUUUAUAGACAAGGUGAACGCCAGCGGCCUGUUCGGCCUCUCGGACGAGCAGCACGAGUGGCUGGUACUGAGCUGCGGCAGCCGCGUCACCGACCGCUGGAGCCGCCGCUACAUGCCCGUCAACAACCACGUGACGAUCGCCGAAAUUUGGCGGGAGUCCAGCAGCUCCUCCGUCGGCGACUCAGCCUGUGACUCCGAGUCGGGCCCGGUGACUCAUGUGGAGCUGAUGGAGAUCUACCACCUGGCGCCCGGCCUGACCGCCCACCGACACUCCCUGGGACGCUGGUACCCAGACACCGGCGCACAGAGCUGGGACAACCACUCCAUCUACGAGAGACGCAGAGACUUCAGCGGUUUGACGCUCAGAGUUGCCACCAAAGAGGGUGCUCCCGUGACCACGUUCCUGCAAACGCCGGUACCUGACGUGGGCGGAUACAUGGGCGAGAUCUGGAAACUUCUCGCGAACGUCCUGAACUUCAAUUACACGGUGUCUCCGUCCGUGGAUGGCGAGUGGGGCGGCCUGGACGCCAACGGCCGCUGGACCGGCCUGGUGGGUAUGCUGCAGCGCCAGGAGGUGGACGUCAGCGUGGGACACCUCUCCAUCACGCGGGACCGCAGCCAGGUCAUCGACUACACAGAAAGCCUCUUCAUGCUCGGGUACAGCCUAUUCAUAAAGAAGCCGUCCACCCUGGACUUCAGCUGGACAACCUAUCUGGACUCGUUCGACGGGACGCUGUGGGCGAUCUUGUGCCUGACGGUGCUUUGUGGCAGCGCCAGCAUGACCUUCAUGUACACACUGGAGCGGCGCUGGCUGGCCACAGACCGACCCCGGGACAGUGACGGGCCGCUCGACACGCUGCUCCGCUUCUUCGGCAUCGCCUGCCAGCAAGGCGCAGACGAGACGCCGGGCGGCAUGGGCACUCGCUUCUUCUUCUGGGCGUUCUUCCUGGCGAUGGUGAUCGGUCACGCUGCCUACUCGGCCACACUGGUCUCCUUCCUGGCCGUCCAGUCGCUGGUGCUGCCCUUCCACGGCCUGGACGGCCUGCUCAACGACGGAACCUACCGGCUCGGAGUCGUCAACGGAACGUCCAUGUACGACUACUUCAAGUACUCGAGAUCAGCGACACAUCGUCAAGUGUUCAAGAGACACGUCUGGCCCCUGCACGAUCACAAGGAAGGCUGGGACCACGUCAGAGCAGAGAAGAUGGCAUAUUUCGCCUGGACAGGAAGCGUGGAAGCUACGUGCGAUAUUGUCAAACUCGACGACGAAUAUUACAAACACAAUGUCGCCUUUGGAGUUCAGAAGCAUUCGCCAUAUAAGCAAUUCUUCGAUUACCACCUGUUCCGCCUCAUAGAAAGCGGCCUGCUCAAGCACACUGCCGACCGAGAGCUAUCCAAGAGGGAAUCGUGCGAUGAUCGAGAGAUGAAGGGUCUCGGUCUACCCAGCGUGGUGUCGGCGCUGGCACUGCUGGCUGGCGGACACCUGCUGAGCCUGCUGGUGCUGGUUGCUGAGCUGCUCUGGUGCUGGCGAGCUGCGACCAGCAGACACCGACCGCUCAGAGCAACUACACGCCGUCCAACAAAAUCGCCCAGAGUCCACCACAGCUCAGCAAUCGUCGUUCGGGAGAAUAGCAUUGCUAUCUCUUGGAAACUGGUAUCGAAGAACUGAGUGCCCACUGUGAUCUAAAUGUGUCG